AUGAUGAAGGUGGCUGUCCUCGCCAUCCUAGGCGCCUCCGUGGCAGCCGUCUCGGCCUCGACCAUCACCGUUGUGGCCCCGGGAGCGACGACGGCGCCCUCGUUGACCUCAAUGUCUGCGCCGCCUCUGACGACGCCGGAGCCUUUGCUGACGCAGCGCGACCCGUGGCAGUGCGCGACGCAGAAUCUGUCGCAGUACUUCGACGUGCCCAAGCCCUCGGGAACGCUGAGCAAGGCCAUAGACAUGUACGUCGACGAGCUGGUCGAGCCUUGUCUCGAGACGGCCACGGGCACUGACCUGUUCAACUGCCGGGUCACCGAAUCGUCGCAGCUGUGCGGCUUCACCACCUACGCGUCGGCGACUCCCGCCCUGAUCACGGCCUUUGCGUCGUACGAGAGCGCCGCCGCCUCUUUCUGGCGCAGCAACAGCGCGAGCGUGAGCUCGCUCUCGGUCGAGUGCGCGUCGGCCUGGGGCCACUUCGGCGAGCUUAACCACGCCUGGCUGAACCAGACCAUCGCCUACGCCAGCUGCGUACUAGAUGACAUGCCCCCCGUCAGCAGCACCGUCACGGCCGGUUCGUCGUCUUCGGGGUCCGGAUCGACUACAGCCCCAGGCACGGGUGUUACCGGGACGGCAAGCAGCGCAACGAACACAGCUGGAUUGGCUGGGAAAAGGGAUAUGUGGAUGCUUGCUAGUACUGGCGUCAUUGUUGGGGCUGCUAACGCCUUUGUGUGA